AUGGCCUCAACUAGUCAACUGAUCCGGGUACUUGGUGGCGGCAGUUUCGGCACUGUAUAUCUCGAAUUCAGGAAUAAUCGAAAUGUUGCCACCAAGCGUAUUAAUGGGAUUCAAGAUCCGCGGCACCUUCGCCGUGAACUAACCGACCCUUCAAACUUUGGCCGUUCCGGUACUCUCCGCUAUACCGCGCCAGAAAUAUUCGCUGAUGAGGCAAAUCGCAGCUAUGCCAGCGAUAUAUAUUCCUCCGGGCUUGUUUUUUGGGAAUGUGUCGAAAGACGAUGCACCCGGCGUGAGCCGGGAGGUCGGCCAACUGCUACGGACGCACUUGACGCCGCAAAUUUGAUAAAAACGGAGUCGUUUUAUAAGCUGUUCCGUUCCAACCAGCCAACUACUGCGGCAGGUCACGCAAGUGGCAGUCGCCCAUGGCGGGUAGUUGGUGCAAGAGAAGACGAAGAGGAACCCCUGGCAGAAACGGAUAGCGAGGAAAGUGGCGAUGAAUUGAUGGGAGGCCCGCCAGCUAUUGAUAUCGGAAGCCUGGCUGUCGCAGACAACUCUCAGCCAAAAACUCCUGCUCGCCGGGAACCGUCGCAAAUAGUGGCCGAAACGAGUUCGCCGAAUGAAGAGGAUAAAUUGCUUAAAGAAAUAGCUGCUGAGGAAAGAGAAGAAUUUCAAGCAAGAGAAGACAGGAAACCUCGUAUCAAACGUAAUCUGCUCGACCCAAAUGAAGAUCCGUCCAUAUGUACCAUGAUAGGUUGUCCCCAAGGAAAAGCCGAACUAUCGUUUGGUAAUGGCACGAAGAGAUGUGUGCCGUUCGAUCGAAUCUCUGGCGAAAUACCUGAUAACUUCAUUUUGGGCGAUUGUCCUUCCGCCGGUGAUUGCGAUUGUGGCGUAAAUGAGCCAGUUUGUGUGCCACAAUCUUCCCUCGUCGAUUACGAUAAUGUCACGAUGCGGUGUAUCCAUGAGGACUGCACCGAGUUGCCCGGCCAUCAUUCGUGUCUCGAUGGAGAAAAGAAGCAGAGCUGUAUACCAUAUGAGAGAUUGACUAAAGUGAUCAAUGGCACACAAUGUGUUUUGGACCCGCGCCACGCCUCUUGUCCUCUUACGGCACUAAAUUGCGCUAAGCACGAGGCUCCGAUUUGCGUGGAGAUGAACACGCCGAAAAAUCGAGACGGUCCUUUGAUUGGAUAUGAUGGAAGUUGGAAGACUUGUACCCUGAAAGAAUGCACCGAGUUGCCCGGCCAUCAUUCGUGUCUCGAUGGAGAAAAGAAGCAGAGCUGUAUACCAUAUGAGAGAUUGACUAAAGUGAUAAAUGCCACACAAUGUGUUAUAGACCCGCGCCACGCCGCUUGUCCGCUCACGGCGCUAAAUUGCGCCAGGCACGAGGAUCCGAUUUGCGUGGAGAUAAACACGACGAAAAAUCGAGAUGGUCCUUUGAUUGGAUAUGAUGGAAGUUGGAAGACUUGUACCCUGACAGGGUGCCCAUCCGGUAAUCACCCAUGCCUGGUAUCGUUUUUCGUUCCAUCGGAUGAUUGUCAUGAGAUGGCGAAGCAAAAAAACGAAGAAUUGAUCGCAUGCUACACUAGUCAUGUGCCUGGUGCCGAUUAUACUUGUGUGCCAUGCGAUCGGCCGAUGAACAUAGAAUUUGGUCCGUUGACCCAGCGUAUGACAUGCGAAUUUGAGGUGCACAAGAAAACAGCGUCGCCGGGCAUCGGA